AAUCGUACGGUCGCAUCUGUCAGCCUGGCGGUGUAAACACGGCGCAGAUACGCAAUCUGUUUCCCUUGCUCGUCUCGCGUACGGCUCGCGUCGCCCGCUUCCACGUCUUGCGUACAAAAUUGUAGUCAUAUGAUACAUUUUGCCCUUACCACUUGAGCAAGAUUAGAUGAGACGAGGCCUCCCCCGAGAAAAAAGGGUCACACACCGUCGCACAUAAGCAACAAAAACGCAAACGAGAGCUGCUGGUGCUUACUGGCCUGCCACUUGCGGUGAAGUCGUUCGUUGUCAUUUGCCAUCGGGUCGAGUAGGUCGAACAAGGCCCUGUUUCCUCCUCGUCGUUUCGCGCGAACCUGUGUGUGUUGUGUGUUGCGCUAGUGUGAGUGCGUGUUGGUGGUGUUGCGUAUUGCGUGCUUAUGCGCACUAUUUGUUGAAAGAAAACGGCAUCUCCCAAUCAAGCGAGUUGCAACAUUUAUAAAAAGGCAUUCGCAGCACCGAGCGGGGAUAAGGAGCGACUAAUCCACCGAUCAAGAGAAAAGCAGCAGCACCCGCGCGAAGAACAAACAGCAACAUGCCUGGCUAUAUGUUCAACAUUGACGGUGGCUAUCUGGAGGGCCUUUGCCGUGGGUUCAAGUGCGGUAUCCUGAAGCAGGCCGACUACCUCAACCUGGUGCAGUGCGAAACGCUCGAAGACCUGAAGCUGCAUCUGCAGGGUACGGACUAUGGGCAGUUCCUGGCGAACGAACCGUCCCCGUUGGCCGUGUCGGUGAUCGACGACAAGCUGCGGGAAAAGCUGGUGAUUGAGUUCCAGCAUAUGCGCAACCAUGCCGUCGAACCGCUGUCCACCUUUCUGGACUACAUCACGUACAGCUACAUGAUCGACAACAUCAUCCUGCUGAUUACGGGCACGCUGCACCAGCGCCCAAUCUCGGAGCUGAUACCGAAGUGUCACCCGCUCGGUAGCUUCGAGCAGAUGGAGGCGAUCCACGUAGCGGCCACCCCGGCCGAACUCUACAAUGCGGUGCUGGUCGAUACGCCGCUCGCCCCGUUCUUCGUCGACUGCAUCUCGGAGCAGGAUCUGGACGAGAUGAACAUCGAGAUCAUCCGUAACACGCUGUACAAGGCGUACCUGGAGGCGUUCUACGAUUUCUGCAAGAACAUCGGUGGCACUACCGCGGACGUGAUGUGCGAAAUUUUGGCGUUCGAGGCCGAUCGUCGUGCGAUCAUCAUCACGAUCAACUCGUUCGGCACCGAGCUGUCCAAGGACGAUCGGGCGAAGCUGUAUCCGCGCUGUGGCCGCAUGAACCCGGACGGGUUGGCCGCGCUCGCGCGAGCGGACGAUUACGAGCAGGUGAAGGCGGUCGCCGAGUACUACGCCGAGUAUGCGGCCCUGUUCGAUGGGUCGGGCAACAAUCCGGGCGACAAAACGCUCGAGGACAAGUUCUACGAGCACGAGGUGAAGCUGAACAUGUACGGCUUUAUGCAGCAGUUCCAUUUCGGCGUGUUCUACUCCUACCUGAAGCUGAAGGAGCAGGAGUGCCGCAACAUUGUGUGGAUUGCGGAGUGUGUCGCCCAGAAGCAUCGGGCCAAGAUCGAUAACUACAUUCCAAUCUUCUAAGAGGAAUACCCGUGUGGGGGGGCGGCAUACCUUUAAUGAGCUCGCACAACGGUUCGGACCGAAACAACAGUGAGACAAUGUGUGUGAGAGAGAGAGAGAGUUUAUGGAACACGAUUCUGCACGGAAGCCCCUUCCCCCGAUUCCCAGCCACAUCCUCACCAGCACUAUCAAAUAUUGACCAUCAAUCAACAAUCGUUUUCGGCGCGCUAAAUCCUGCCCGCCUGGGAUUCGUGUUGCUCCCCAAAACACGACCCCCUAUCGCACCCACGGGUAGGAUUUACCGUGUUCCCGGUACCUUUGUUUUUGGAAGUGCUAAAAUGUUCGUUAGGUGUGCGGUUGUGUGAGAGAAGUUGUUACUCAAUGGUUCCGCUUCCGGUUAUAUCAUCUCUCGUCCCAUUUGAUUCCCGUUUUUCCCCCUAUGUAUCUGCCUUUGUGACCUUGAGUGUCCAAUUUUUUAAAUCUUUCCUUUCCCUUUAACCGACCUCCCGCACCCAUCCCCCUCCCCACGCAAAAAGAGAGGCGUCUGUGUGUGUGUAUGUGUUUUGUUUUCUGUUAUUUGUGGCAAUAUUUAAUUUUUGUAAGGUUUUAUUACGUUAGCUAAAUCACGGUACCCCGCCAAAAACUGUGUGUGUGUGUCCAGGUAUAGCGAAUUAAAAAGUGUACAGAACAAACAAUCGAACUACCGGUGGGCCCGGAACAACUACCGAAACAGACAAGAACCAACUGCAUUCCGCGUUCGAGGUAACACACCCUCCAGAACACAUAUUAUCGCGAAAAAAUAGGCAGGAAAUAUAUUAUUGCGUGCUGGUAUAAAUAAUUAUAAUAAAGCACAUUACAGUGUAGUUAUCCCCGUAAAACAAAAACAAAUCCGGAUAUUC